ACAGUGCUCGACGCGUCGCGAGAGCACACAGUCGUACUUUAGGUUAUUUAAAAAAAAACAAUUCAUAUUAUGGUACUCUGCUGUAUUUGGUGUUAGUAGAAAUGCAAUAGAAGCUGCAAGGAUGGGGGCCAUUUUGUGGUACAUGUCAUUGGUGAUAUGUUCAGCGAUUGCUGAUGAAGCAGUGGAUCCACAAGGUCUACUCGAAGUUGCAACUGAUUUAUCUCCAGAAGAAUACACCGUGUACGUCGGGCGCUGGACCGAAUGCUCAGUACAUGACCCAGAAAAUAGUAAAACAAUUGAAAGAUACAAUGCCCGCAUAGAAACUGACUCCUUGGUGCACACUCCUCGGCUUGGUCUUCAACGUCGUCAGGUGCAGUGUCGUCAGAAAGAUGGACAGUUCGUUGAGAACAUGUACUGCGGUGCCGGUGUCGCGAAUAUUGGGGCGACUCGAGUGUGUGUGUUGAAGGAGGACUGCUUGCUCGGAGAGUGGUUGCCAUGGCGACCUCGCCAGGACGGAUCCCUGGUCCGCACACGACGACUCAGGAAACUACCGCAAGGUGGUGGCAAAGAAUGUGACGUAGUGGAAGAAGUAAGGCCCGCGAUCAUGGAGGCGAGCGCACAUUGGACGCCGGGCCCCUGGGGCCCCUGUCAAGUUGCCGUCGAACUAUCUACUACGACAUUGCCUCCUAACGAUGAAGACGAUGAUGCGGAUGAUGAUGACGCGAUUUAUGAUGAAGAAGAUGAUGAGUCUGACGAAACGGAGAAGGUAUCAGAGGCUAGCUGCGGUGGAGGGGUGCAGCGUCGAGAGGCCACGUGCGUGCGUGCUGACGGCAGGGCCCUACACCCAGCUCAGUGUGCGCACGCCCCUAUGCCUACACUAGUACAACCCUGUGAGGUGCCUUGCCCCCGAGACUGUCAAGUUGGAGAAUGGGGAGAUUGGGGUGCAUGUCAGCCUACUGAUGGGUGUCCACUAUUUCCCGUACAGCAGCUCACUACGACAGGGUACAGCGUUCGUCGUCGCCGCAUAAUAGCAGCGGCUUCUGGGGGAGGAGCUCCGUGCCCUCCCCUAGAAGAAAAGAGAACUUGCAGUACUCCCCGAUGUGCCUCAUGGAAAGCCCUACCAUGGGGCCCCUGUGUGCUCAACCAAGCACACAGCACGUGCGGCCCUGGCAGACGCAGUCGAGAUCUGCGAUGUGUUGGACACGACGGGAAAGAAGCUCAGCGCGCUUGGUGCAGUGGCAGUGGAGCUCCGGCCCGUACUGAGAGGUGCCGGAUCGCGUGCCCCGGGGACUGUGUUGUGACGUCAUGGGGCCCCUGGUCGUCGUGCUCUGCCUCCUGCCUCGCUCCCGGUCACGCGCGCCCCUCUCGAUCCAGAAAGAGAUUUGUCAUUGCACAUGCUGCUCCAAAUGGCUGGCCGUGUCCCGCUCCGGAAUUAUUAAUUCAAAAUGAAAGCUGCAACACUCACGCCUGCGGGACGUACUCGUGGCUCUCGACGCCGUGGGGCCCCUGUGAGCGGCGUCGACAGGAUUACAUUGCCCCUAAUAACUACACUGAUCUACAGGACAGUGACCCAUACAGUCAGAGUGAUGAUGGUGAACCCUGCAUAGAGGAAGGGGAGAUGAAUAGAGAUGUUAUGUGUGUACAGAAUAAUGCCGAUGUUGUAAGAGAAGCCUUAUGUGCACCUUUGAAGAGGCCAGCGUCACGUCGUGCCUGCACCAUUCGCUGUCGCCGGGGCUGUCGUGUUGAAGCUUGGAUGCCGUGGUCUUCCUGUCCAAAUAGCUGUGAUCCAGGAAAACAGGUGCGUAUUCGUCGCGUACACGGAGGCCCCAACUGCGGUCCUCUGCAAGAAUCACGCCCGUGCCCCGUUCCCCGAACAUGUGGGGCCCGAAGUCCCAGUUGGGUAACCGGUGAAUGGAGUACGUGCCGCUUGCCGCCUUCGCAACGUUGUGGCAUUGGGUAUAGGGUUCGAAUCAUCUGGUGUGGGUCUGAUUCGCACCGUGUUGAAGCCGGCGCUUGUGGGGGUCAGCCAGUGCCGCCAAGUAUAGCGGCGUGUCAGGUUGUGUGUGACGAAGUCCAGGCGAUCACCUGUGAUUCGGUCUGCAGUGAUCCCCUCAAAUAUUUAGAUGCAUCGGACCCUGACAUUCCAUCGUGUGUCUGCAAGAACGUGACUUUGGAGUUGCUACCAACCGACUCUGACUGCAUACUUCCCUCAGGAAUGGAAUGCGGUGAAGGUCGAUCACUGCGCGCUGCACGGUGUAUGUUCCGAGGACAAGAUGUUCCAAUGGACGUUUGUAAGAAGUAUCAUCCAUUAACAGGUGAACAAAGAGUCCGCGAGGCGUCAUCAGACGGUUUCACAUACGACACUGAGUUUGCCUCGUUACUGCGCGGCGCAUGCACAGUCCGCUGCGCACGUGACUGCACGCUGGGGCCCUGGGCUUCGUGGGGCCCCUGCGCUGCCGAAGCCGGCUCUAAAGCCGCAUUUAGAUUCCGGACUAGAGAGGUUAUUGGAGAAGGAUCAGCUGGAGGUCGCGAGUGUGGCGCCACCUUGCAGCGUGCCACGUGUUCGGAGCUGGAGCCCCGCUGGGUGGUGGGAGAGUGGGAUGUUUGCACUCCCGACCACGCACUCUGCGGUCCUUCCUAUAUCAAGAGAAGUGUCCAAUGUGUUGACGGGCAAGGUAAUAAGCUGGAGGACUCUGUAUGCGAGGUGUCGGGCGCCGGGCGAACUCCGGACCGGGUAUCCGGGUGCCACAUGCCGUGCCCCGCCGACUGUGUUCUGAGUGCCUGGUCCGACUGGAGCCCUUGCGAGAUGACAAAAUGGGGAGGACGCCGCGACCGAACCCGAGUAGUACUUCGCCCCGCUGACGAGGGCGGCAUGCGGUGCGCGCCCCUUGUCGCAGCGGAGCCCUGCGAGCCCCUCACCUACUCCUGGCACAUUGCACCCUGGGAUGAUUGUCAACCGCUGGGUGGAUCCCCUUGUGGUGAGGGUAUCAAACGUAGAUCAGUUCGUUGUCUUCGAAGUGAUGGAGCCUUUGUAAAUGAUUCGUUCUGUCCAAAUGCAACGGCAACGGAAGCUCGUGAGUCGUGGUGCUAUGUGCCAUGUGGUGUGGACUGCGAGGUCGGAGAGUGGGGUCCGUGGGACACCAGCGCCUGUUCCUGUGGGGACGCUUCUACCGCAAGUCAUAUGAGACGUAUUAGACAGCACCUCAGCACAGCGGUGUGGCCAGGUCGUAGCUGUCCUCCAACGGAGCAACGCGCGCCUUGUCCCAGAGAACCUUGCUUCCGACUUGUUGCUAGACCAUUGCUGGGUUGCCAUGUGCAGACAUCUUCUGGCGAGGAGGCAGACGGCGCAUGCGGCUGGGGAGUUAAGCUGUCCCAUGCCAGGUGCGAGCUGACCAGCGUCACCGACGAACCCACUUCGGAAGCCUUCCUAGAACCGUGGCGAUGCUUCACUGCGCUGCCCGGGAGGAUUGUCACGCCACCUUUGCACCAUCAGGAGGACGAGAUAUGUGAGGUAGAAUGCGGCUGCAAUGAAUCGGAGCUAGGACAGCCGGGGCCUUGGGGCUCUUGGGGCCCUUGUCGUGCCGGGGCCCGCUCCCGCACUCGCCAACUUCUAGUGCCACCGCGACGCGCCUGUAGAACUUCUUCCAGAUACGUGACGAUCGAAUGGGCUAACUGCAGCGGUGAAGCCGACGAGAUUCCAGACCUCCUGGCGAUAGAACCUCGGGAGGAGAAAACGGGACGAAGCUGGACGGUGCAUCGUCAGCAUGUUUACCACGAUGGAUACUUAGAGGGCAGCGCUCCGUUGCUAACAGCAGUAUGGACAGCCACCAUUAUUCUUACAUUUUAUGGUGCGUUCAUGCUGUAUCGCGGUGUACUGAGGUGUCUUCGAAGCCGCAGACUGAAGACUAUAACCAAAGUCUAAACGCGAGAAAAUAUUUAUUGAUAUUUUCAUUACAACAGCGUUUUCCUGCAACUUGCUGAUCUCAAUUAAUGAUAUUGUUGGCCAAUUCAGUUAAUUGUAAUUGUUUUGUUUGGAAUUUAGUUUACGUUUUUGUUAUUUAAUAAUAUAUUAAAUUGUUCAACCCCUAGAUUUUUCGCAUGUUACAAGUAAGAACAGUUGAGGUCCCAGAAACGUACCUUGAUGUAUCCUCAUACACUUUAAUAAUAUAAGCCCUACCGACGUCACAUGUAACGAGGUAUUAGGCUCUUUAAUAAUAUUUUGUAUUCAUCCCUUUUCAAUAUUAGAAUUCAGUCUGUCCGCAAGAGUGCUUCCAUAUUUUUAAAGUGUAUAAAAAAGCUUUAGACUUUGGGGUUGAUUAAGAACCUCAGCGCACUAGGUUGUACAUCCAAUUUAUAACCAAAUAAAAUCGCGUAACUGUUAAGCAUAGCGAUAAAGUCCAGAUUUGGAACACAAAUUACCGUGGGCUGCCAUGAUAGAUGCGCGAAGACUGAUGACCAGUCCUCUGCUCACAUGGCUCAUAACUCAAAUAGCCUAAUGUCAGUUAACAAAAACAGCCUUUUGUGCUGCUCCUUCUGAUGGCUGCUGCAGCCCGAAAUUCAUGGCCGCCUAGUGCCUAGACUAACUACGAUACAAGGUGUUAUGUUGGCUGCCUAGUACGCAGGGGCACUUAAGCAAAUCUAGCCUAUUUUUCGGGCUUUUUGGAUUGACAAUACUGUUUAGCAGUACCGUUGUAACACAACGUUGAACGAUGGUACAAUAUGCCAUAGAGUUUAAUGUCAUGAGUAUCGUAAUAAAUCAUUUUAACCACAGUAUUUUAGGUAAUUUGGAGACCUAAAAUUGUAUUUUAUAGGAACUUUUUUAGAUCUUAGGUUGCAUUUACAGUAAUUUUAUCAUCUUUACUGCUACUCAAAUGUAUCAGCAGUAAUGACCAAGUAAGUACGUAACACAUCAUAACAACAUAUCAGUCUUGGCCCUCAAGUCAGCUCAUCGACAGCCGAAGUUUUAAUCUAGUCCUGUAAGAAUUUGUAUUGCUUACAAAGUUUUGGAAAGAAAAGCUUUGUCGCACAAAAUAACAUAGUUUUUAAGCCCUUAUUAAUCGUACUAUUUUGAGAUCAUACUCAUAUUAUAACAUUUUGUAGAUUUUGCAUUUAAGCCCAUGUAUUGUGUAUGAGUAUUAAUAUUGUGAAUGUGUUCUUCUUGUGUCUAUUCUAUCCAUUUUCUUUCUCCGUUUAUAGGUUUUUGAUCACUUUUUCCUUCUACCAUCAAAGCUUAUUUUAUUAUUCGUGACUAACUAAAAUUACACCUCCAUCUUGUUCCUUCAUGACAAUAUAGAUUCUAUUCAGAAUUUCUAUUUUAAUGUUAAUGUUAUAUUUGUUUACUAAAUCUAAGGCUUCCUGUGGCCCUGUCAUCUUAACUUCAUUCUCAACUAUAUUUGUGAUUUUAAGCAUGCCAUUAUUAAAUAUUGAUGUGAAACAUAUUAGAUAAUAAUCGUGUUAGACAAUACAAUAUUUGAUAUUUAAAUAAAAUUUGAUUGUGUUUUUGUA